UUGGAUUAUAUACCGGCGCUUAAACCGCUGGUGACUUGGUUUAUUUUUCGAAUCAUACAACACAACUUACCAUACAAUAUGUAGACUUGCAUGUGACAGUGUUAUUUGGACAGCCAUUACCACCUAACGCUAUAUAUACUAUACAUUCUUAUUCGGUGCUUUUCAAUUAUCUCCUUCACUACAUUUUCCUCUUCCAUCUUCAUCAAUUAUUUAGCCAGGAGAUAGUAGAAUCAAAUGGCUAGGUUAUUCUUAUUGCUUGCUUUGUGCAUCCUCCCAGCCAUUGCUACCGCCCGCAUUAUUAGCAGUCCCUUCGAGGUACAAGGCCGUGUCUACUGCGACACUUGCCGUUGCGGAUUUGAAACUUCGGCCACCAAAUACAUUGCCGGUGCAAAGGUGAGAAUUGAGUGCAAAGGUCCGGACGCUACCGGAAUCAAAUUCACUGCAGAGGGAGUGACUGACUCUACCGGCACGUACAAAAUCUCAGUAUCAUACGAUCGCGGAGACGACAUAUGCGACGCUGUCCUCGUGAGCAGCCCGGAUCCGUUUUGUUCUGCACCGAACAGAGGCCGUGACCGCGCUCGUGUCAUUCUCACGGGAGCCAACGGGCUCACCUCGAAUAUCCGUUUUGCAAACAACAUGGGUUUUCUCAGGAAGCAGUCCUUGGCUGGAUGCACACAGCUCCUCAAGAUGUACCUGGAUACUGAUGAGUGAUCUGGUGCUCUUCUUGGGCUUGCAUUUUUACUUUUUACCAGUAAACUUAUGAUACUAUGUUUCACUAGUUUUUAUUUGAAUCGGUCCAUGUAACAAGUUUAUAUCUGGUCACUAAAACUGUUUGUAGUUUUGUUUCCUACUUUUAGAUUGUUACUCGCAAUCUUUUGAAGAAAUAAUGACAGUAUUUGUUCACUCAAACUGUGAGUAUAUUGAAUUUUUGUGAUU